AUGGCCCGGUCUGAGUCCAGUAAGAACUUGGAUCUCAAUGUCAAACUCUUCCAACGCCAGUCGUUGCUCCUGGCAGCCCAGAAGCAGAUGGAAAGCAACAAGCAGAGACAGCAGAGGCUGAAGCUUCUUGAAGACGUCGCUCCUUUUUUGGGAGAGGACAUUACCAACCAUCCCUCAUUGACGAAAACAGACAACAAUCCCGUUCUCCCUAGAGUAGAGAACCAGAACGAUUUCGGCAAUUUGAUCCAGAAUAACAAAGGAAAGGAAGCUGGAUUGAUAGAGGUUUGCGAGCCCUUGGGCCCUGUCACUCCAAGUAGCACCCAGAACAGCUGUGCGAGCAAGGGGAGCUCGUUCAGUGCCAGCAACUCCUUGAGCAAGAUCGGCGACAGUCUGGGAGGCGGCGUGCAGAAACUGUUUUCCACGCCGCGUCGUGCCUCUCGGCGUGGUCAUGUCCGGUCUGUUACACAGCCUAACAAUGACUUCAAUGGCUUCAAUGUCGCUGCUGAACAUGUUACAGGAGGUCGCAGUUUUCGCAUGGGAUUUCGCAACAGAGAGGCAUCCUCGGUCAGCCAGCCAGAACCCCGGCCCCAGACGGCGUCUGAUAAUAGGAGUAAGGACAACAGCUCAGGCCGCGGGCGAACUCGAAGCAACAGCAGUUCCGGCCCCUGUGCUACUAUGGCCGACUUCGCGCUUCCACGCGUACCCAACGAGAUGGAAGGAAGCUUUAUGCUGAUGCCGGAAGAGUCGAAGGAGAACCGUGAGAAACGAGAUGCCUGGUUCCGCGAGCGUGCCGACCAGGAGAUGCGCAGCCGCAACGAGAAGCGGCGGCGCGAGACGGAACGGGAGGCAGCACGCGAGCUGGGCCUCCGGGAGCGAAACAUGCUCAACGACAUCGUGCUCGGAGUGCGCCACGAACGACAGAAGAAGACCAGCAAAAAGCAGAAACCGUCUGGGUCAUCCAUGAGCACAGCGGCCGGCGCUGAAAAGGAAGUUGUCUUGCCGGACAAGUCGCCACCGCCUCCGUCGACCUUAUCCAAAGCGUGGUCGACGCUGAAGAAGGGUACUGGCCGCAUUCUUCUCACGCGCAAGUCGACAUAUGAUCUGCGUGACAUGGCAGAGAAAAUAGCACCGCCUGCGCCACCUUUGAAGGAGCGAGGUGACAGCAGCAACUCGUUUACCAGCGUAGACGAGGAUUCGGAUGAUAGCAUUGUGCAAGACAAGACCGCCGAGCUCGUGUCGGAGCCAGAGCCGCAGUCGCAGCCGCAGGAUAUCGCCGUCUCGGGAAAUGGACAAGUGAGCCACCUGACAGUGCCUUCGCGCAAAGAGAAGAAGCUCAGCCAGGAAGAAUUGUUGGACCUGCUUUCCAUCCGCCCGCCCCAGCGGCGUCCGUCGGAGCCGCCCCUACCACUGUUUGUGACUGGCAACCCGGAGAGGCCGACCAGCUCCGGUACGCAGCUCUCCAUCUGUCGUCAACUGGGGCCCGCUUCGCCACCACCAAUGUCCCCGUUACCGCCUCUACCGCCAUCAAGGACGACCAGUCAUGCCACUGAGGUGAAUAACAGCGGUGAAGAGGAGGGGCUGUUGUCUGAUGAUGAUCAGGAAAGCUCGGAUUUUUUUGAAGAAUACUUCAGGGAGGGAUGCCGGCCUGAAACGCCACUGGGAAAUCAAAUGCACAACUCCCCUGGCGAGCCGAUUGCUUCUUCGCCUGAAUCCAACGUGGCCCAUGGAGGCCGCCACGCACGGGACCGGAGUCUCAUGCAGAGGCUGGAAGCUGCGGAGACGACGCUUGCUGCAAGUGCUGUAACGGGCAUCGUUGGCAGCGUUGACAGCGUUGGCAGCGUUGGUAAUAUUGAUUGCAAGCUGGGAGAGGGGCCCAAACUGCUUACUAACGAAGACGUUGAUAAAGAUGGUGAGAAGAUCGACGAAUAG